GGUGGUGGUGGUGGUUCAUUCGGUGGAGGUCUUCCAUAUGGUGGAGGAGCUUCAUUCGGUGGUGGUCUUCCAUAUGGCGGUGGUUCAUUUGGUGGCGGUGGUUCAUUCGGUGGUGGUCUUCCAUUCGGUGGUGGAUCAUUUGGUGGCAUGAAUCCAUGUUGCCCACCUCAACAAGCUUUACCACCAAUGCAAUGUCCACCAAUGUCUCCUCCAAUGCCAAUGCCAAUGCAAAUGCCAAUGCAAAUGCCGCAAAUGCCAUGCCCACCAAUGCCAAUGCCAAUGCAAAUGCCAAUGCAACAACAAUGUUGUCCACCUCCAAUGCCUAUGCCAAUGCCAAUGCCACAAAUGCCAAUGCAAUGCCUUCCUCCACCAAUGCCAUGCCCACCUCCAAUGCCACAAAUGCAAAUGCAAUGUCUUCCUCCACCAAUGCCAAUGCCACAAAUGCAAAUGCAAUGUCUUCCCCCACCAAUGCCAAUGCCGAUGCUUCCAGCACCUCAAAGUAUGCCUCAACAGAUUCCAUGUCCAGUACCAGUACCAGUACCAGUACCACAGCCGUGCCCUGUACCAGUACCAGUACCACAACCUUGCCCUGUACCAGUUCCUGUGCGGGAAUGUGUACCAGUACCACAACCUUGUCCAUAUCCGGUACCUGUACCAGUACCAUCAAAUGAAAUUCGACAAGUACCUGUACCUGUACCACAACCAUGUCCAGUACCGGUUCCUGUACCUGUCGAACGUAUUGUUUGUCAACCUGUUUGUAUACCUAUUCCUGUUCCUCAACCAUGUCCAGUACCAGUUCCUGUUCCUCAACCAUGCCCAGUACCAGUUCCAGUUCAACAACAAAAUCAACAAUGUAUACCUGUACCUGUUCCUCAACCAUGUCCUGUACCAGUUCCACAGCCUUGUCCAGUUCCAGUUCCUGUACCUGGUCCAAUUCAAUGUAUACCUGUUCCUGUACCAGUACCUCAACCACAACAACCUCAAUGUAUGCCACAAAUGCAAAUGCCAAUGCAAAUGCCAAUGCAACAACAGUGUUGUCCACCUCCAAUGCCUAUGCCAAUGCCAAUGCCAAUGCAACAACAAUGUUGUCCACCUCCAAUGCCAAUGCAAAUGCCAAUGCAACAACAAUGUUGCCCACCUCCAAUGCCAAUGCAAAUGCCAAUGCAGCAACAAUGUUGUCCACCUCCAAUGCCUAUGCAAAUGCCAAUGCAAAUGCCAAUGCAACAACAAUGUUGUCCACCUCCAAUGCCAAUGCAAAUGCCAAUGCAAAUGCCAAUGCAACAACAAUGCUGUCCACCACCCAAUCCUUGCGCUUCGUUAGGUGGCGGACUGGGAGGUUAUGGUGGUGGAUUAGGAGGAGGUAUGUUCGGUUCAUUCGGUGGUGGAUCGAGCGGACUUCUUGGUGGAGGUCUUGGUGCGUAUGGUGGCGGUCUUGGUAUGGGAGGUAGUGGUAUGGGUGGUUUGGGAGGUUUUGGUGGUGGUUUGGGAGGACUUGGUGGUGGUUUGGGAGGAUUUGGUGGCGGUAUGGGUCCUAUCUGCGGUGUGCCUAUUGGUUUUGGUGUAACAACAACAGUCGGUGGUGGAAAUCCAUACACAGACGACAUUUAUACAGGUUCAAUGGGAUAUGGAGCUUCACUUGGCUAUGGGCCAACUGGUGUACCACCACCAGGAGUUGCUGGAGUUUCAGGUGCGUUCAAUCGGGCGUUACAUCGUGGUCCCUAUCGUCGACCAUAUUAA